AGAAUUAUUAUACGUGAAUCAUGAUCUGUUUAAUACAUUAAGAUGGUUCAGUAUAGGAACUGAGUAUAAUUUAGCUUACUGGACAAUUUUUUGCAUACCAGAUGAAUCACAUGUAGUAGAAGAUCCAUGGCCACCCAACUGUAUAUCUGAUCUUAUGGAUUAUGCUUAUAAAGGUGAUCAGUGGUUUAGUGCAAGUGAUGUACCUUGUAUACCAUGGAUUUCAAAAGAAGUACCAAAAGAAGAAAAAAUUGAUAGUAAUUUUGUUGAUGGCUAUAUUUUAAAAGCAUUGAAUAAAUGCAGAAAUCCUAGUCGUAGUCCAGAAGGUCCUUAUUGUUAUGUAAUGAAUGAUCCAUAUUCUUCAAGCGUUUCAAAACAGUAUUGUUCAAUACGAAAAUGCCUAUCUUCAGAAUGUAAAAUGGCUGGUACAGCAAAUGAUUAUGUAGGAUCUUUAUCAACAACACGUUCGAAUAGAACUUGUGCUAAAUGGGUAGCUGAUUACGAACUUGUAGAAACGAAAGUAUACGCACAAGAUACACUUGAGACUACUACACAAGACCUUUUUCAAAAUCCGAGACGUUACAUGACACAACAAGAAUUACUUUUGAAAAUGGAUCCGCGAAGAAAGCCUCAACUUAUCAAAUAUUUAAGACAAAAAGAUUCGAUUAAUCGAACAACGUUUAAUGAAACUUUGUAUCCAGAACAUAGUGCAAAAAAGGCUAGUAACUAUUGUAGGAAUCCUUCUCGUAGUAUCGCUGGUACAUGGUGUUAUACGACGGAUCCUUUGGUACCACAAGAUCUCUGUGAUGUUAGAGAUUGCAAAAUGCUAGAAGAAUGUAUAUUUCUUGUCCAUGGACAUGGUAUCGGUAGACGUCUAUAUAUUUUUCCUGAAUAUCGUUCUGAGGGCCUACAUUUUUCUCUGAAAGCUUGGGAACCUGAUCAAUUGGAUUCUAUUACAAUUGUUUUUACUGCAGAUGAUGGUUUUAAAUCACGAUAUAUUCUUAAAAUUGGAGCUUUGGAUAACGAGAAAAUACUUUUAUAUUAUCAGUCUGAAAAUGAAGCUAUUAACUUAGUUAAGAAGAAAACAUUACCGCAUCUAUUGUAUUUUGGAAAAUGGAGCAGUUUUGUUAUUCGUGUACCACGAGGAAAUGUUUUACUUUAUUAUGAAGGAUCAUCAAAUCCUAUAUUUGAAUGGAAACAUCCAGAACCAUCGAAAGUAUUUUUGCCUGUUUAUUAUUAUUAUAAUAGUGAACAAAAACAUGCUGUAGGCGUUGCUUUUGAUUGCAAUUCUAGAUGUCAAAUAGAAAAAACAGAAACAAAUGAACUUACAAGAAUAUUACCAUUUUCAAUAUGGAAUAAAAAUAAAGUGACAAAUAUCCAUACAUUAACACUUAUGAUACGUGCUAAAGGUGUUGUUACAAUUCCAUUAUUUUUAUUUCCUGCAACACCUAACUAUCACUCCUUAUCUCUUUCUGAAUCUGGACCAUGGAUAUUCUUUCAAGAGAAUAAUUAUCCCAUUGUCAAAAUAUUUCAUAAGCAAUUAAUGUCAAAUCCAUUAUUUACAACAAAUUCAUGGACAAAUAUAACUAUAAGAUGGUUUUAUAAUAUUAUUGAAUUAAUAUGUAAUGAUACAUUGGUAUUUCACUAUGAACAUAGCAUCCCUCUGCUAUUUUAUUUUUUUUCACUCACUGUUAACAAUGAUGGAUGGGCUAUUUGGUCAGCAAAUUGCAUUCCAGCUGAUAUAGAUGGAUCUGCUAUUGAUGGUGGCUGGUCUGAAUGGGGUCCAUGGUCAUGUAGUGCUAGUUGUGAUGGUGGUGUUGGAACAAGAACACGUUUAUGCAAUUCUCCGGAGCCUAAUAUUAGAGGGGAACCUUGUAUUGGUCCUAGUAGUAUGACAGGACGAUGCAAUUUGAUUAAAUGUGGAGACUUAACAGAGGACAGUAUUAUGUUAAUACAAAGAAGAAUUAGAAGAAAGCAUACUUCUUUAAUUGUUAAAGAAUAUGGAACUAUUGUAAUUCAAUCAGAUCGUGACAUUAUUCAAUUGAUAUCAAAUAUAUCUAUAGAUCCUGAGAUACAAUGGUCGCAUAACGGAAUAUUUAUUAAAGAAAGUGAUAGAAUUAAAAUAAAAGAAUUUAAUGUUGUGAUAAAGAAUGCUCUACUGAUUGAUUCUGGUGUUUAUACAAUUACUUUACAAAGAAUUGAUCAGUCAUAUCUCAUAUUGAAAAUUGUUGCUUUAGCUGUUAUACCAAGUACAGAAAGUAUUACUAUACGUGAAACUUUGCCUUUAUCUGUAAUUUGUAAUUGCCUUAUUUUGGGUUAUGUGUAUUCUGAUCUCAAAAUAUCUUGGAAAAUAAAUGAAAAUAUUUGGAAAGAUUAUGGCAUUACAUUACCUAUGGCAGUAAAUAUCGAUUAUAUCAAGGCAAUAAAUAAAUCACACCAAGGAAUGUGGAAAUGCAUUGUAGAGCAAAAUGAUUUAAAUUUUAAAUGGAUAACUAAUAUAAUUGUUGUUAAAGUUAUUGGUUCACCAAAUUGGCGCACUUACUUAAUGGAAGAUAAGCUGACCAGUCCAAUAUUUGGUUGGAUGCCAAGUGAAAAUUUUGUUGCUAUUUCAGCAUUAAUAAUCUUUUUAUUAUUAAUUGGUUGUAUAAUUAUAGGUUCAAUCUUUUUAAUAAGGCUUCAAGAAAGUCGAAAGAUCAAAGUUCAAGUCAGAAAAACGAACAAUAGAAAUCGUUAUAAACAGCUCCCAACUAAGAACAAUCAAGAAGAAUAAUACAUUUUAUCAUAUAUUUAGAAUUUUAAUCAUUUAUCAUCAUUCUAUUUACAUAUUCAUAAAUAAGAAAAUUUAAUCUUAUUGUGUUAGAGCGAAUGCAAUGUUAAGGAAACAACAAAAUUUGUAUUUUGUAAAAAUGAGAAUCUAAAGUAUCAACUAAUCCAAUUCCAGGACAUUGCGUAUUUAUUCAUUGAAUGAAUAAUGAAUGACGUUGUCGAGGUAUUCGAUACACCUAAGAAUACGAGUGAGAAUUUCACAGCACACACUCUUCGACAAUUUUGCCGUCAUUUCCACUACCGAUCUAUCUGUAUCCCCUUCUUUAUUUCUUUCUAUUUCUUUUUUUUCUCUUACUUCUUAUUGCCCCACUCUUUCUUUUUUCUUUCCCUCUCUCUUUCUCUUUCUUACGGCACAUUCUCUCUUCGCGCACGUGUCUAUCUUCCUUGCAUGUAUACGAAAACGUGUUCGUCGGCCUCUGGUACAUAUCCUGAUUACUAAUUUACGAAGCCGUGGACUACUUCCACGCUUGGUAUGACACCGAAUUCCAUAUUCCAGUCUAAUGGAGAGUUGAGACGAACAAACCUGAUGAUCCUUAGAAUCUAUGAAUAGUACAAGAAGCUGUACUAUCAUAUCAUUGAUAGAACACUACUAAUUGCACUUGUUUCUUGCUCUAUACAUUAAGGAUAUUAUCAUACACUAUUUAGUACUACUUUCUAAUCUCUUUUCUGACAUCUUUUUAAUGUCAAGGUUUUCUAAGGUCGAUUCAUUUAUUAUUUGUACAGCUUAUUAAUUAAGAAGAUCAAUUCGUGCGUAAAUA